AGAGGCAGGUAAACGCGCUGACGCGGGGAGGUGGCGGCCAGACAGCAGCUGCUGGGGGCUCGCACCUUGCAAGUCCAGGGACUCCGGCUUUCGCUCCGCCCUGAGCGAGUCUGGACAUGACACAGGUGGCACAUCUCCGCCAUGGGGUCCCAGCAUUCCGCCUUCACUCUCCCUUUCUCCUACAAGCGAAAGAAAGAUGACAGAGAGGAUACGCUGGAUGCACGGGAGCAGGAAGAAGCCAUUGCCCAGUUCCCGUAUGUGGAGUUCACUGGGCGGGACAGCAUCACCUGUCUCACGUGCCAAGGGACAGGCUACAUUCCAACAGAGCAAGUGAAUGAGCUGGUGGCUUUGAUCCCUCACAGUGAUCAGAGAUUGCGCCCUCAGAGAACCAAACAGUAUGUCCUCCUGUCUGUCCUGCUCUGUCUCCUGGCAUUUGGUUUGGUGGCUUUCUUCCUGUUUCCUCAUUCAGUCCUUGUGGAUGAUGAUGGCAUCAGAGUGAUGAAAGUCACAUUUAAUAAUCAGGACUCCCUUGUAAUCCUCGCCAUCAAGGCCACCCUCAAAAUCAGGAACUCCAACUUCUACUCCGUGGCAGUGACCAGCCUGUCCAGCCAAGUUCAGUACAUGAAUACAGUCGUUGGGUCACAUGUGACAACCAACACUUCCCUCAUUCCACCUCGGAGCGAGCAAUUGGUCAAUUUUACUGUGCAGGCGGAGAUGGGAGGCCCGUUUUCCUAUGUGUACUUCUUCUGCACGUUACCUGAAGUCCAGGUGCACAACAUAGUGAUCUUCAUGAGAACUUCAGUGAAGAUUUCAUACAUUGGCCACAUGACUGAGAGCUCCUUGGAGACGCAUCACUAUGUGGACUGUGGAAAAAAUUCCUCAGCUGUUUAGAAACUGCUUUUGGUUCUUCCGUGGCAGCACCUGUCAAAAGAGAAACAGCAUCUGCUUCCAGGGCCCGUACCUGCCCCAGGUGGUGGAGGUAGAGGAGGAACCAGUUCUGUUAGUCCCCAGCACACACCCUCCUGCCACUUGGGAGGAAAACUCAACUCCCUGGCACCACUGAUGUUUCUCAUCAACCAGCAGAUCCACUGCCCAGCACCCAGUCUAUGCCCAGCAAAUAGUAGACACUCACGGCUCGAAGAACUUAAUUCAGAUCUUCUCAGCUGUUCCUGGAGCAUUAUGAAUUGGAAGCCUGCCUUGGGACUAGGUUAUAAACUGUGUUGGCACGGAGCCGGGACUGUCAUUGCAGCUGCACAGCCAUGUUCGGGACCAUGGCUGCCCCGGCAGGGCCGCGGGGGCGGGGUGUUGGAAUGCAUAGAGAGCACAGACCACGCAGUGUGUAAAAUCGUUUCGUCUCCCAAAUGCUUAGUAACUGUUUUUUUAAGAAGCAGAACUUUUUUUUCCUUGUAGAAAGUUCUAAUUGUUUUUACUAAGAGUCUAUGUGGGGCUUGCUUUACCCUUCAUCCACUGGCUGGAACAUGGAUUGGG